UAAAAGUUGUACGGAGUGCACGUAUAUAAUGUCCGUAGCUUACAAACUUGGUGAUUUAGUUUGGGCUAAAAUGAAGGGUUUCAGCCCUUGGCCCGGCCGGGUAGCAAUUCCAACUCCCGAGCUGAAGCUACCAACUAAGAAGUCAUUGAAUGUUCAAUGCAUAUAUUUCUUUGGAACAAAUAACUACGCGUGGAUAGAAGAGCACAAUAUAAAGCCAUACCAGGAGCACAAGGAACAGCUGGUGAAGUCGUGCAAGACCAUUGCAUUCAAGGAGGCCGUGGCUCAGAUUGAAGAAUACAUUGUCAACCCUGAGAAAUUCGGUGACCUCGACGAGCAUAUGCGUAAUCCCGAGAAGGACUUUGAUAAACUGAAAGAUGAUAUCGAAAAACCAGAUGGAGACGAACCUGCCGUAGAUGCCGUAACUCCCGAGGUCAAGAAAGAGAAGAAAAGCGCCACACCAAAGAUACGUUUGGGAAUUUCAAAGGUGAGAUCAGUGAAGCCGGUGAAGCGAUCCUCGUCGACGGGACACAAGCCGACGCCGCGCAAGAAAAUCAAGAGCACGUCGCCCUCGUUCACCGACUCUGACUUGCCCAACGAGAAGCCGUCCAUGUUGAACCACUCGUUCUCCAAGAAGUCGAGCCUGCUGCAGCGACCUUCGAAUAUUUUGAGACCUGAAACUCCCCCGUUGGACCUGGAGAACGUAUCAGAAACAUUGCUGGGGAAGAACAUAAAGGCGAGCCAGAUGAAGUUCGGGUUCCUGGGACUCGGUAUUAUGGGCAGCGGGAUCGUCAAGAACCUGCUCAACUCCGGACACAAGGUGCUUCUGUGGAACCGCACUGCGGCCAAGUGUAAAGACUUCUUGAAGGUGGGCGCUACCAUUGCUGUGACGCCAUGCGACGUGGUGGAGGAAGCUGACAUCACCUUCUCAUGUGUGGCCGACCCUCAGGCUGCUAAAGAGAUGGUGUUUGGCAACUGCGGCGUACUACACUGUCCGUCGAUGGAGGGCAAGGGCUACGUGGAGAUGACGUCCAUCGACGCCGACACCUCGCACGACAUCGUGGAGGCCAUCAGCGGAAAGGGCGGCCGCUACCUCGAGGCCCAGAUCCAAGGGUCGAAGACGCAAGCGGAGGAGGGCACCCUGAUCAUCCUGGCGGCUGGUGACCGGUCGUUAUUUGACGACUGCCAGUCCUGCUUCAAGGCGAUGAGCAAGAACUCCUUCUACCUUGGCAGUGACAUCGGCAACGCGUCCAAGAUGAACUCCGUGCUGCAAGUGGUGGGUGGAGUGUCGCUGGCAGCCCUGGCCGAGGGCCUGGCUCUGGCCGACCGCGCGGGCCUCAACCAGGCCGACCUGCUGGAUGUACUGGCGCUCACCCCGCUCGCCUCGCCGCAUCUCAUACUCAAGGGACGAGCAAUGAUAGAGUCGUCUUACUCCACCAACCAGCCCCUGAGCCACAUGCAGAAGGACCUGAAGCUGGCUCUCGGGCUCGGUGACACCCUGGAGCAGUCCCUGCCGCUCACCGCCACCACCAAUGAGAUCUUCAAACACGCCAAGCGGCUCGGCUACGCGAAUCACGACGUUUCCGCCGUAUACAUAAGGGCUAGAUUUUAAUAAUAGGUUAUGCGCUUAGAUUAUUAAUACGUCUAGUUAGAUUGUGACAGCUGUGAAAAAACGCCGAAAAAUUUUGAGUUUGACAGUUAACCUCUAUUUUGAGCAAUGCACGCACACCAACACAAAGUGACAUACAAAUCGCGUGUGUAAGACUUAACUUGUCACGCACACUAAAGUAAUAAACCUGGUAUGUUUUCAUUAUUUCAUUGUUAGCAGCAAGAGGCUCUCUAGGCGUAUAAAUUAUCUAAGUUUAUAAUAAUAUGGUAUCGCGCUUUUUACAAUAUUUGUCUAUUUUUAUAAACUAAGUAGUGUUUAUUAAUUAUUUUUUUCGAAAUGAAAAAUAAAUGAGUAAAUGAAUUUAUAAGUAAUAUAUAAAAAAAGGAUAUAAAUUUUAUUUUGAGAUAAUUUUGUUUUAAAAGAUAAUCUCGAGAAUGUGCACAGUAUCAUUUUUGCAUUUUUUUGAUUAAAGUUUAAUUGGUUAUACUAGGCUCAAAAUUUGGAAGGAAAAGGAUUGAUAAUAAUAAAUAAAUAAAAUAAAUUGAAACAAUAGAAAUAUAUAUAAUAGAUGGAGACAAAGUGUAGCUGUUAUUAUUAAUAUACACAUUUAUUCGUCUAGAUCAUAGUUUCUCAACCUUAUUUUGCUCACCGCCCACUUUGAGAAUAUGUUUUAUUCUAGAGUAUUUUCAUGUAUUUUUUUGCCUUUUUAGACUAUAUUUUACCUAUCUACCCAUGCCCCAUCUGCGCCAUCUCAAUGCCCCCUAAUUUUCUCUGGGUCUUCUACUGCCCCCCCGAAAGUCUCAAACGCCCACAAGGGGGCGUUAUCGCCCACGUUGAGAACCUAUGGUCUAGAUGGAGCAUCUAGCUACUACAAGCCGUGACAAGCUCCGUCUUACACUCGCAAUUUGUAUGUCACUUUGUUUUAAUGCGCUUGCAUUGCUUAAAAUAGAGGUUACCUGUCAAUUUUUUUUCGAAGAUUUCACAGCUUUAACAGUCUAUCGAGGCGUAUGAAUGAUCUUAGCUUAGUUUAUAUUGUUAAAAUAACUGGAGUUUUCAAGUAUUUACCAAAAUAGACAUGUAUACAAGAGCGUGGUAUUGCUAAGUUCACGACCAACUAGAUAGAGGCGACUCGGUUUAUCGAUUUAGGGCCUUACACCCUUGUGUGCAAGGGUGAGAUUGUUUUGUUACUACACUUACAAAUUUGUUGUUUCAACAAAUUUGAUACACCUACACAUACACCUAUUUUAUAUUUAAAUAUGAAAUCAUGCUGUUUUUUUUCCAUUGAAAUCCACAAGAGUGAGCAAGGAUGCGUCGAAAUAGUUAUCAUAAUAAAAUCUGAUAUUUUCAAAUCAAUUUUUUGUUUAGUAGCAGACUUGGUUUUUUUUAAUCAUUUGGUAUAUAAUUGAAUUCAAUUAUUUAAUAAUAAAGUUGCCCAUUAUUGCUUUUUAUUGAUUCAAAAAUAAACUUACAUUUUCAUUUAAUAUAAAAAAAAAUAUUGUACUUUUGUACCUGUAUUAUUUUGUAUUCAGUUGCAACCAUAAACUAUUUUCUGGAGCAGUUAUGUGAAUUAUAAUGAAUUAGUCUGUAAUUGUCAAGUGCAUUCAAAUUUAGUAUUCAUCAUUAUCAUCAAAAUAUUUUUGUGUUUCAGUAAAGAUUUUUAUAAGAAUAGGUGUAAGAUGACAAAAAAGGCAUUCAUUGCCUUACAUUGUAAUACUUUCUCUAUGGGCCUCGGCUAUGUUCUAAUAAUCUAUGGUCAAUGACAUAAGUGAUGAGGAUGUUAACUACGUUACAGAAGGCGAGACUGCCUAAGUAAAAAUUCAAAUUUAGUUUAUUAUGAAACAUGCAGUGAGAUUUGACAUAUGUUUGAAAUAGUAAUUACAAUAUGGCGACGAAGUUUAUUCCGGGUAAGUUUGAAAGUAAACAGUUGCUUAGAACGUUACUGAUUUCGGCUAUCUCCGAUUUUUACAAGAUUAUAGCCGUCAUCUGUCAAUCUAUCAAUGACUACAUGUUUCAUACAAUCAAUUGAAUCGCUUUUUUCUUAGAGUUUCGCUAGGCUGGUGUUCAUAUCCUUUAAUGAAUUAUUAUAAAAAAAAAAUAACGCUAAUAUUUACAUCAGAAUGAGUUUUCUAUUAGAAUUUCCCCAAUGUGACUGGUCACCAGCUAGUGAGUCCCACGAAAAGUCGUGUUUAAAAAGUUGUAUGAACAUGAUUACCACAGAUUGUAAGAAAUGUAUGAUUUAUAGCUAUGUAGCAAUAAAGUAUUCGUAAUUAAGAAGGUAUUUAGUUUUUCCACAAACUCAAGGGGUCCUUAGAGGAAGUAAAUAUUUGUUGUUCUUUUUAAAGUACAUUGUGAUUAACCGAGAACUAUUGAAUCGUUAAAUGUGACUGUUUAAAUGUAAAAAAUUAUCGAAUAAUAAUAAAUUCGAGGAUGACCUUAGAAUAAUAAAUAUACUUUAUUAAU